AUGCUCCCCGGAUCGGAUAUAAUCUUUCUGCUACUGUCAGCAGUGGAAUUCGUGGUCGGAAUGCUGGGGAAUGUGUUCAUUGGACUGAUACACUGCUCUGAAUGGGUCAAGAGCCGACACUUCUCUUUAGUGGACUUCAUCUUCACCGGCUUGGCUAUCUCCAGAAUCACUCAGCUGUUGGUAUCAUUGCUUGAAUCGCUUAUAAUGGGACUAUCUCCACUUUUCCUUCCCACUUAUAAACUAGCAAAAUCUAUCACUUUACUUUGGAGAAUAACAAACCACUUGAACACCUGGCUCUCUACCUGCCUGAGCAUCUUCUACCUCCUUAAGAUAGCGCACUUCUCGCACUCCCUGUUCCUGUGGCUGAACUGGAGAAUGAGCAGAGUCAUUCUUGCCAUCCUUGUCUUUUCUUUGUCUUUUCUGGUUUUUGACAUUCUACUGCUAGAAAACUUUAAUGAUCUCUACUUAGAUAACUAUUUACAAGGUGACAGUAAUCUGACUUCAUAUACAGACAGAAGAAAAGCUCUCUAUUUUGAAACCAUGGUUCCUCUUACCUUGACCUGUCUGUUUCCUGUUGUUCUGUCCCUGAUCUCACUGCUCCUUUUAUUUUUGUCCUUGGUCAGACACAUCAGAAAUUUGCAGCUCAGCUCCAUCGGCUCAAGGGACCCCAGCACAGAGGCCCAUAAAAGGGCCAUAAAAAUAGUGAUGUCUUUCCUCUUCCUCUUCAUAGUUCAUUUUUUUUGCACACAAAUGGCAAAUUGGAUACUUCUUGUAUUUCCAAACAACAAGAGUGCAAAAUUUGCCAUGUUAGCAGCCUACAUCUUUCCCUCAGGCCACUCAGUUCUUUUGAUUCUGGGAAACAGCAAGCUAAAACAGACGGCCUUGAAGGUACUGUGGCACCUUGAAAACUCUUUGAAAAGAGAAACUGUUACAGCUUUCCAGACAGACUUUCCAGAGUCUUUUCAAAGAUAAUAGCUUAACGAGGAGAAUUUGAGGGUCGAUUUUCACAUCCACAGUUGUUUUUUUCUAUUGGGUGCCAUUAAGUGUUGUCACACAUAAUUGAAUUUUCCCUUAGAACAGGUUACUUUGAUGAUAAUUCACACAUGGCCAGCCAAUAUAAUUUUAAAAGUAAUAAUUUUUGUUUAAAACAUUGGCUU